CGAGGUCUGUUCGCGAGGUCUGUCCAGCAAGCGGGGGCACGUUGGAGCAUGCGACGCGAACGGACCCUCGAUUCGUUACACACAAACCCAGCCAUAUUGGCCUCCGGGACGCAGGCACUCCGCAGCAGGACUCUGGUCGACUCACGACCGUUGUGAGUUGACCCGGACACCAGUGACAGAAUACGGCACAAUAACAUAAAAGAAGGAGACACAUAGAUCCAGCGAUGUCUCUGACAAACUUGUUACCUGCGCCAACCCAAAUAGUGUGGGACAGGGAGGAUGAGGCGCGCGAGCAGAAGCUGCGCCAGAGGCCCGUCUCUGCGCUGGUCAAGGCCGUCGUCACCGCGCCGCCUUAUGGGCAACGACGAGGAUGGGUGCCGCGCAAUCCAGAAGACUUUGGAGAUGGAGGCGCCUUCCCCGAGAUUCACGUUGCACAGUAUCCGCACGGGAUGGGGAUGAAGGGCAAGGAAUCGACGAGCAACGCCUUGGCGGUGCAGCUCGACGCUCAGGGAAAAGUGAAAUACGAUCUUAUAGCGAGGCAAGGACACGGCAAGGACAAAAUAGUUUACAGCAAGUUGAGCGACUUACUACCGUCGGAGAUAACGAACGAGGAGGAUCCUACCUUGCAACGGCCGCCCGAGGACGAGAUGGACGAGCUCACGGACAAGACGAGGAAAGCGUUGGAGAAGAUAACGAGAUCCAAGAUCGCGGCGGCGAUGCCCGUGAGAUGCGCGGAGAAACAAGCUCCGGCGCAGUAUAUACGGUACACGCCGUCGCAGCAGGGGCAGUCGUUCAAUUCGGGCGCGAAGCAGAGGGUCAUCAGGAUGGUGGAGGCGCAGGUGGACCCCCUGGAGCCACCGAAGUUCAAGAUCAAUAAGAAAAUUCCGCGAGGCCCUCCGUCCCCUCCAGCGCCCGUCAUGCACUCUCCCACGAGGAAGGUGACGGUGAAGGAACAAAAAGAGUGGAAAAUCCCGCCGUGCAUAAGCAACUGGAAGAACGCAAAGGGUUACACAAUCCCGUUGGACAAGCGUCUCGCUGCGGACGGCCGGGGCCUGCAGCAAGUUCACAUCAACGAGAACUUCGCCAAGCUAUCGGAAGCUCUUUAUAUCGCUGACAGGAAAGCCCGUCAAGCUGUCGAAAUGCGCGCGCAGUUAGAGAAGAAGCUGGCCCAGAAGGAGAAGGAGAAGAAGGAGGAUCACCUGAGGCAACUCGCGCAGAAAGCCCGAGAAGAGCGCGCCGGCUUGAAAUCUGCCGCGACGUUAGACAAAGCUGAAGAGUCCCGCGAGAGAGACCAACUCAGGCAAGAGCGGCACAAGGAUCGCGCUCGCGAGCGUAAUCUGGCUCGCGCCGCGCCCGACAAGCGUUCUCGCUUGCAACGCGAACGCGAACGCGACAUUAGCGAGCAAAUCGCUCUCGGCUUGCCUGCAAAGAGCAUUCCUAGUACGGGAGAGGCACAGUUUGACCAACGUCUCUUUAAUACCAGCAAAGGGAUGGACAGCGGUUACGGGCACGACGACGAGUAUAACGUCUACGACAAGCCGUGGAAAGACGGCAAUUCUAUCGCUUCACAUAUUUAUCGUCCCAGCAAGAAUAUCGAUAAAGACACGUACGGGGACGAUUUGGAGAAACUAGUUAAGACAAACAGAUUCGUUCCUGACAAGGAAUUUAGCGGAGUCGAUAGAUCAGUCCCGCGAUCGGGACCAGUACAGUUUGAGAAAGACGAGGAAGAUCCUUUCGGUCUGGAUCAGUUCUUGAAACAGGCUAAGCGCGCCAGUAGCUCGACCACGACGACAACAAAGCGCAAAGAUGAGCGCGAACAGCGUAGAGAUGAUCGUGAUAAACGUAGGAAGCAUUAAGUAUGUUUAAUGCUCUCAUAUAUCACGCGAGAAAUUCUGAAACGUUUGUUCCACGAUAUGGCAAGAAUAAAUGAUGAAAAAAAAACAGAGCUGUAACACUUUUAUAUACAUAUACAGGGUGUCAUUGAAUAUUAGGGACUAUUUUGGUGUGCAGGUAGAGCGGACUAGACCGAGUCGAAAAGUCCUGUAAUUCAAAAUUGUCGUUUUAGCCCGGCCCACCUCCCAAUUCGAGCGCGACGGGGCUCCUGCGCAUUUCUCCCGGCAAGCACGCGGAUUUUUAAACGCGCGAUAUCCGGACAGAUGGAUGGGUCGAGGACGACAGAGCAUGGACGACAAUUUUGAAUAAUUAAUUACUCGUUAUCUAUUGCGAAAAUUGCAAAAUGGUACAGGACUUUUCGACUCGGUCUAGUCCGCUCUACCUGCACACCAAAAAAGUCCCUAAUAUUCAAUGACACCCUGUAUAUAUAUGUAGAAAAGACAUGCUACUUUUUAUUAUUGAUUACUAUGAAGAUGUACUGCUUUGGAAGGUUACGAAUGCGAAAUGCUGGAAUGUCGAUAACCCGAUACUUUGACAUUGUACUAAAAUCGUGGAUCGCAUUUAGAAUAUUUUUAUUCUUAAUUUGUAUCGAUCUAGAGAAAAGAAUUUUGUACAUUACACGAAUCGCAAUUAAUAAAACUUGGCGAUAUCGCCACGUCAAUGUACACAUCUUUUUAAUAAAGCAUAAUUUCCGUGAAAAAUACGGUAGCAUAAUGUGUAUGCAAAUUUUUAAGCUUCUAUCCACGAUUUUCCCGUUCUAUUUUUAUUACUCGCUUCAAGGAAAAGUAAACGCGUUUAGCAUUUUAAUAAGGAAGCUUCAACGAACUUAAUACCGAACCGUAAGAGGGACUUUACAGGUCGCUUUAUGAGCGGGAAUUUAUUGCUUUCCUUAUUUUCAUUUAUCUUGGAUUUCGUCGCAGAAUAACGCAGUGCGUUCCGUGUUUUUUAUCGUCAACCAUUUAUUCUUGCCGUAACAUCGAAUACAUUUAAAAGGAAGUCUCGCGUAAUAAAUGCUAUUAUAUAUAAAACGAAGUGAAAUAUACGUAACUGGGAGGAA